AUGGCCGCGUCAAAACUCGCAGGAAUAGCGUCCCUUACUCAAUUUCCAUCGAAGCCGCGAGUCUUGAUCUUGACAGAUAUCACUAACGAGCCUGAUGAUGCAGAAUCGUUCUGCAGAUAUCUCACCUACUCCAAUCAGUUCCGCACCGAAGGCAUAGUCGCCGUCACAUCCACAUGGCUCAAGAACAAGGUGGCGCCGCAGAACCUCCACGAAAUUGUUGACGCAUAUGAGAAAGUUGUUGAUAACCUCAACGCCCAUGCUCACCCAGACUCACCUUACCCCUCAGCGCAGAACUUGCGGAACCUUAUCAAGUCCGGCCCUCCGGUAUAUGGCAUGGAGGCAGUUGGUGACGACAUCUCACUUAGCGAAGGGGCUGAGUUGCUUCUUGAGCAACUCAGCACGCCGGAAGAUAGCCCGCUCUGGGUGCUCGUGUGGGGCGGUGUCAAUGUGCUUGCGCAGGUUCUUCACAAUAUUCGAAACCGGUCAGACGCUGCCAGGCUGCGUGAAAAGCUACGCGUCUACACGAUUUCCGAUCAAGACGAUUGCGGAGGAUGGAUUCGUCAACAAUGGCCAGAGAUCUUCUACAUAUGUUCCAUUCACGGCUGGAAUCAGUACCAAUGCGCUGCAUGGACUGGAAUCUCGGCCCCUUGCUCCGGUGAUGUAGGAGGGCCAGACGGUUCCAAAGUGACACACGAAUGGGUCGAAGAAAACGUCCAAAUCGGUCCUCUGGGCGCUGCAUACCCCAACUUCGAGUUCAUUAUCGAAGGUGACACGCCUACUUUUCUUUAUCUUGUCCAAAAUGGCCUUGGCGUACCAGAUGAGCCUACCUACGGAUCCUGGGGAGGCCGUUACAUUCCGGUCAAUGUUAGCCCAAAGGGCCUGUCUUCUAGGGGACACUUUGCCGAUGCAAUAGACACAGUGACUGGUGUGGACGGCAAGCUGCACAGGUCCAAUCAGGCCACUAUCUGGCGUUGGAGGAACACAUUCCAAGACGACUUCGCUGCGCGUAUGCAGUGGACCUUGACCUCUGAUUUCAGUAAAGUCAACCACCACCCCGUCGUCUCAGUAAACGGUGAGUUUGGAUUUGCACCAAUUUACGUCGAGGCUGAUGCCGGAGGUGGCGUGUCUUUCGAUGCAUCCGAGAGCUACGACCCCGAUGGCGAUAAGCUCGACUUCAAGUGGUACCAAUACCGCGAGCCCAGCUCGCUUCAGACGUAUCACGGCCUCGAGGUGUCCGAUAUUGAGAUCAAGCCACUGAACGACGAUGGUAGCAAAGUGGAGGUAAAAGUUCCUCCAGCGGAAAAGUCGUGCAUAGUGGUCAGAGAAAGAAUUCCCCUUGAGCGAGGCCUCCCUCUCCACCUGAUUCUCGAAGUCAAGGACAAUGGCAUACCCUCUCUGACGAGCUAUCGCCGAGUAGUCAUUCAUCCCAUUGAUAAACAAUUCGGCUCAAAGAAAUAG